GAGUUUUCUCUCUUCGAUUUUGAUCACAAUCGAUCGAUUCUGUUGAGAAUUUCUUCUGUUUGCUUGUGUUAAUUAGGGAUUGUGGAAUCAGAAGUGUUGAGUUUUGUGAUCGGAGAUUAUGGAUUGGGGAAACGUAACGGUUGAGGAUCUCGUCGAUGCUCUCCGAGAAGUUGACUGGUCGUCUCCGCCGCGUCCGCCGUCUGAGUUCUUUUCUAGGUUCACCGUUCCUAAAUCUUUUGCUAAAUGGGAUAGUCGUCUCAAGUGCAAUCUCUACUACUACCGAACAAACUAUUUCAUCAUGAUCGUCGUUAUACUUGGAUUGGGAUUUCUUACAAGGCCUCUCGCUAUCUUCUCUGCGCUUUUGACAGCAUUAAGUGUGGCAUUUCUAAAUGACAGCUUUGCAGGUUCUUUUAGUGAGAAGGCAACACGAACCACCAGAAGAUUCUCUCCACAGUUAGCUGCUAAAAUGAGACCUCCUUUGACACCUGUCAUUCGUGGGCGUCCAUCAUCAAAGAGAGCAAUCCAUGUAUGUGGUCAACCCCGUUGGAUCUUUGUCUUGACAUGCUCACUUGUGAGUUUUGCUCUUUGGUAUAUUUCCUGUGGUUUGUUCACAGUCUCGUUGGCGCUACUCAUUGGACUUCUUGCUACAGUUCUUCAUGCAAGCUUGAGAACACCAAACUUGAAGGCACGUCUUAACACAUUUAGGGAGGAAUUCCGAGCAGUGUGGCGUAACUACAGCGAGAUUUAGAGUGAUCUUGUACCACCAUCACCAUGAUCGUGUUCUGCUGAGGACAUGAAGCGGUAAAGACCAAACUUACAGCAUUUCUCCAAGAUAAACCUGGUUUUGUUAUCGCUGUUCUCUGGGUGUUCAUUCUGGAUUUGUGUUACUCAAUGACUGGGAUCAUCUGUUUUCUUUGAUUCGGGUUUUGCUUUUUUGGUAGCAAAGUCCUCUUUUUUUGCUAAAGACUUGUAAAGCCAGCUUUGUUGCUGUUCUUCGUUCUCAAACAAACCCUUUGUGUACAA